UCGCUGGAUGACAUGCAUCCACAUCACAUCGACCUGGUAACUGUCACCUCAACACGGCUCAGCAACAGCAACUAGCACCAACUAUCCGCAUGCUCCUUCGUGUGGCGUCCUACAUGCAUCUCCUCCGCCUUUCUCUUCAAUGGCGCGCAGCCAUGUCCCAGCAGUCUUCUGCGGUCCGAAAACUGCAGUGGCGGCACACGACAUCGUUUUCGUUGGCCGAACCUACCGUAGCUCCCGUCCGAUCACCUCUAGUUCGCGCAUCCCAGGGGUCAAUCUGGGGAAACGAUGACUGUUGCUACGGUUUAUUCCCUCUCAUCGAGCACUUAAACUUGUCGACCAUCCCACUCCCGGUUUGUUCCGCGACUGCUCCUCAUUUCAUUACCACGUAGCCAUUGUAUCGGUUUCUGCCUCGGCUGCACACCGUCGAUCUACAAUGCUUGUGUCGAGUCCGAACCUCGUACGACACUACGAUUUACUUCAUCUCCAAGUACUAGCUGUUUCCCCAUACUUCGUCGCCAGUUUCGUUUCUGCUU